AGUCGGAAGAAUUGAAAGUUGUGUGCAUAAAAAAAUGUUGUUACGUUUGGUGCUCAGAAAAAAACAGUUUUAUUCGGCUAGCAGGAUUAGAUCGUGGUGUAUCUAAAAAAGAGCUACACAGUUAUUGUGGUCUUGAACCUCAAGAGCAAUUCCUUAGGCGACAUGUAUACGGAAAAAACGAGAUCAAUGUUCCUGUUCAGAGUAUAUUUGUUUUAGUUCUACUCGAGAUACUAAAUCCUUUCUAUGUCUUUCAAGUUUUCACCGUGAUUGUCUGGCUAGCCGAACUGUAUUUGUACUACUGUUUCGCAGUCAUGACAAUGUCGUUUUUUGGUGUUGUGUCAGCAGUAUACCAAACUAGACAAAACCAAAAAAGUCUCUAUGAGACAGUUCAUGUUGUCGAUAAAAUAUCCAUCCUCCGAGCUGACCAGACUGUAGAUGAAAUACCAACGACUCAUUUAGUUCCUGGAGAUGUCAUAAUCAUUCCGGCUCGUGGUCUAACUCUACAUUGUGAUGCCGUUUUACUCAAUGGCCAGUGCAUUGUGAAUGAGAGCGUGCUUACAGGUGAAAGUGCACCUGUCCUUAAAACUGCUCUACCGAAACAAAAUAUUUUAUACAGUGAACUUGAGGAUGAAAAUCACACUUUAUUCUGUGGCACAAUUGUUCUCCAAGGCCGCUGCACCACUGGAAAAUAUCAACCAAUUUAUGCUGUUGUCCUCCGAACAGGCUUCUUAACAACUAAAGGAAGCUUAAUUAGGUCCAUUUUAUAUCCACCUCCUGCUGAUUUUAAGUUUGAUAAAGAUACUCACAAGUUCUUAUGGAUUCUAUCAGUCAUUGCUGCUCUUGGUUUGAUCUACACUGUAAUGUCAAAGACAUUGAGAGGUGUUCAGAACAAUGCUAUUAUUUUGAAAGCUUUAGAUAUCGUAACAAUUGUAAUCCCUCCUGCAUUGCCAGCUGCAAUGACUGUUGGGAAAAUAUACGCUUUGAGUCGUUUGAAGAAAGGGCAUAUUUCCUGUAUCAAUUCAAGAGUCAUCAAUGUUACCGGCUCAAUUGACUGUGUAUGCUUUGAUAAGACAGGGACUUUAACAGAAGAUGACCUAGAUAUGUGGGGUGUUAUUCCAAUGUCAAAUGGUCAAAUGGACACUCCAGUCCGAAUGGUUCAUAGGAUGGAUUCAAAAUAUUUAAAACUUGGAAUGGCAACUUGCCACUCAUUGACAAUGAUUGAAGGAAUUGUCUCUGGCGAUCCUCUAGAUUUAAAGAUGUUUGAAUCCACCAAUUGGACCCUUGAAGAACCAUCGUUUUUAGAUGAUUCAGACACUCAGACUGCUUCAAUGAUUGUGAAACCUCCCGGCAAUAUUGGAGUGUCAGUCGAAAUCGUUCAUCAGUUCCAAUUUUCUUCAUCCCUUCAGCGGAUGAGUGUCAUCACAAAAGUUUCAGGAUCUCCAGAUUACGUCAUUUUCUGCAAAGGUUCGCCUGAAAUAAUUCAAUCCCUGUCUAGACCAGAGACAAUUCCGAAGGACAUAAAUUCAGUUCUGCAAGAAUACACUGAACAAGGUUACAGAGUCAUUGCAAUGGGAAACCGAAUUCUAAAAAAUACUGAUCAUGACGCAAUUCAUUUGCUGAAGCGCUGUCAAGUAGAGCAGGACCUCCAGUUCCUUGGACUCAUCAUUUUAGAAAACAGGCUUAAACCACAGACGGUUGAUGUCAUACAAGAAUUAAAGCAAGCCAACAUCAAAGUUGUGAUGAUAACUGGUGAUAACGUUGCUACAGCAGUCAGCGUAGCAAAAGAGUCUGGCAUUGUCAAUCCUGGAGAGCCAAUCAUACAUGCAGAUGUAUUGCAUUCAACAAACAGCAAACUCUUACCCGAGCUUCGGUUUUCUGCCCCUGAUAUAUCUAUUCCAUCCACGAGGAAAGCAAGUUAUGGAAGCUGGUAUGAUGUGGAAGCACUACGCAGUAUUGGCAGGUAUAAAUUUGCUCUGACUAGCCAUGUCUGGGAAACGAUGCGUACUCAUUAUCCUGAACUGAUUCCUCCAUUACUGGUGAAUGGUGCAGUAUUCGCCAGAAUGUCUUCUGCUCAGAAACAACAAGUUAUACUUGAGCUCCAACAUUUGGAUUUCCAUGUUGCAAUGUGUGGAGAUGGAGCAAACGACUGUGGUGCAUUGAGAGCGGCACAUGCAGGAAUCUCCCUUUCUAAGACAGAGUCAUCGAUUGCCUCGCCAUUUACUGCCCGAGAACCAAAUAUAAGUUGUGUGCCUCGCAUCAUCAAGGAGGGUCGUGCUGCUCUCACCACCUCUUUUGGCAUCUUUAAAUUUAUGAUUCUGUACAGUUUAUCAGAGUUUUGGUCUACAAUAUUGCUGUAUGGAAUUGAUAGUAAUUUGACUGACUUUGAAUUCCUUUUCAUUGACAUGGCUUUAGUUGUGAAUUUUGCUUGUUUCUUUGGGCGAAACAAAGCAGAUGAAGGUGUCCUCUCAAAAUCCGUUCCUCAGAACAGUCUGAUGGCUGUUAUACCAAUUUGUUCAAUGCUGUCACAGGCCUUUGUGGCUAUUCUCUUUCAAUGCAUUUCCUUUAAUCUAGUCCAGAAGUUCUCUUGGUUUGUGCCUUAUAAGUACAAUAAUGAUCUUGAUUAUACAAGUUUUGAAAAUUAUGCUGUUUUCAGUGUAUCCAUGUUUCAGUACAUAAUAUUUGUGAUUGUGUUUUCAAAAGGCAAACCAUACAGAACUCCUAUUUAUAAAAAUGUGUACCUUACACUUUCGCUCAUUAUAAUGACCUUCGUUUGUGUGUAUAUUGUCAUUGCCCCAGGUGAAUGGGUAGUUUCUUUACUGGAACUAAAAUUGCCACCAAAGUUAGAUUUUCCCUCCGUUGUUCUUGGCUUAGUUGUUGUGAACUUUCUCACCAGUUUUUUUGUAGAAACAUUCCUUGUUGAGUACAUAAUUUUGAAAAAACUGAAACCCUGGUUUGGUGAAAUUGAAAAACGUGAGAAGAGGUACGACAAAGUAUAUGCUGAACUCCAAAAAGAUGUUGAAUGGUCUCUGUUGUCAGAGAAAUAUCCAAUGAUAUCCUCCUCUCCUUCAUUUGAAUCUUUUUCUGGGAUACCAGCCAAAACUUGUUUCGUUAAUGAGGCUUUCGUCGAUGAGGAUACUGUCGUUACAAAAUUAUAGAUUGGUCUUAUUUUUGUGAGCCGCCCACACCUGAUUCAGACAUGUUACCUCAAUAUUUUUGGUGGUUUGAUAUUGUGGUUUUGCAACUUGGAGAGAGGAUUAGGUACGCAAAACGGCCAAAAAGUUAACCAGCGGGGAUUGUAGGAAACUUAUUGUGGGAUGACUGUAUAGGUCAUUUUGGGCUUUCUUCUGGCGGCUUUUAAGCGAAACCGCAGGGAAUCGACGUUCCCAUUUCUUUAAGUCAUAACAUUCAAAUAUGUAUACCUUCCGCAGAAAAGCAGUUACAAAGCUUUAUCGCUCUAACGACCUACGCAGAAGAAAUUAUAAUUUGAGUCCUUUGUUGCCACGUUUUGGCCAUUUUUUUAAUUUUCAUAAUUAAUAAAAAUCACGUUACCGCUUAAAAGAGGGUUUGCAGUUGGUGAGGAUUAAACAAAAACCUGUCGGAAUUACAAUUCGUUAGAUUUCGCAUCGAUUGAUAUGUUACACUUUUCUGAGGGGCUUAGGGAAUACGAGUUAUAGCGAUUUAAAAAUUCGGCAACACGCCCGACACCCAAUUUUGACGCUCGUUCCCGUACGUUUCGCGACUCCAAAGCAAGUUGAAGCAAAACGCCUAAGCCAAACAAAACUCGAAAAGCCAGUUCGGCAUCUUUUGAGCUUUUUUGAAUGAUUUUCAAGAAUUCUCGUGGCGGCGGAGUUGCCGGUUUUCAGUAAAAACCACCGCUGCGAUCACAGUUUAAAGUAGGUAUUACUUAUUUAGUCACGCUCAGCUGCUGAUUUCAACCUAAACUGAUUAUUUUCGACGUGGUAUUCACAACAUUAUCCAAUUUCCGUAGGAAUUCAUGUAUAUGUGGGGUUGCCAGUUUUCAAGAAAACCACCACCGCGAUCACAAAAAAUGUCUUACUCAUUUAAUCUCAUCCAGCCACGUAAGUGCAGCCUUAUUCUGGAGUUCGCACUGUCGAUUCAUCGAAUCGACGAUAUCUUCUCUCUGCAACAGCAGUGGUGCCCGACAAAAACGAAAUUGAAAGCAACCGAAUCACCCGAAUGGUCUGAUGAGUAGUUUCAGUAAGAGAUCUAGAUCCAUUGAUCUUAAUACGCAGUCAAUUUAAUGUUGAUAUCUCAUUUUUGUUGGGCACCACUGCCGUUGCAGAGAGAUAGAAGAUACCGUCGAUUGUGUGUUGAAUUUCAAAAAAUGUGAAACAUUUCUUGGUAUGUUCCCUUAAAAGACUGUCAGGUACCAAAUGAGUUCCAAAAGUCCUUCGCUACGUGUUCCUUGUUUUCUUUAACUUCAAUUCUAGAUGGUACUAAAUUAGUAUUUUUAGAAAUGUUAGAAAAUUUCAUGCAGCGCAACACAAUACAGCCACCGUAAAAAAAUUUUCGAUUCCAGGAAUUUCCUAGUCAACAUUUCUUUAAAUUCGAAAAAUGACUCAAAAUUUUUCAGGUUUUUUCUACUUUUUGUAAUGUUUACAAUAAAAACGUGUUUCAUGUAUGAUUUAAGCUUGAAGUUGAAAGCUGUUAAUCUAGAAAACGUAUAAUAAACCACAGUGCAAAACAGAAAACAUAUUCAUCUCAUCCAAUAUCAAGACUGCUCUACGGCGACUUUUUUAAAAAAAUAAUUAGAAUUAAUUGUUUAAAUUUUCUUGUUUUUCCAUUGUUUUCUGAAAUAAAAUUUCACAUGUUAAUCUCCUAAACGCA